AUGCCGACUCCUCUCGAUCGCGCAACGAGCCAACGUGCUCCCUUCUUUGCCUUUGCGGCGCUCAUCACGGGUGUUGCUGCGUGGAGCAUCUGGGGUCAGGACUUGUUUCCUAGCGCUGAUCCUACUGGCGAUCCGGAAACGUGGACUCGCGACCAAUGCCUCGCCUGGCUUAACCAUCGAAACCUACACCCCUCUCCGCUCGCUACCACUGCCGAGCUUCUGGAGCGCAUCAAAGCCAACAUGAGGGUUGCUCGGGACGGCAACUAUGGCGCAACAGGUCGCCAAUAG